GUCUUGCAAAAGUCUGCCGUACAUCCUGUACAACAUACCACGCCCACUCAGCUGUUUCCGCAACUUUCCAUUCGUAAAAGUUUUCCUCUUGCGAGGUACACUAAUUUAUCUACUUCUAUUCAACACACCGAAACGUUUCUAGACGGUAUUGGUUUUCCUCGGGCUAAACCGCCGUAGGUGUCAGCCAUGUCUCUAUCAGACCAGAGCCGACAGUGGUAUCCGACCAGUGUACAGGUAACUGUGGUUCAGGCAAGAAGCCUGAGGAUAAAGGGGGGAAAUGGCACCAAUGACGCAUACGCCAUCAUGCAAGUGGCCAAGGAUAAAUUCGCUACAUCGGUGGCAGAGAAGAGCGUGGCACCGGUGUGGAAAGAAGAGGCCACGUUCGAGCUGCCGCUCUUCCACAACGGCAACACAGAAAAGUGUACGUUGAACGUCCACGUAAUGCACCGGGCUCUCGUGGGACCUGACAAGUUGCUCGGCCAAGCAGUCAUCAACCUGUUGGAGCUCAGCGAGGUUAAAUCCCGUAAUAAGACUGAAUGGCAUAAACUGCUGGACAAGGCAGGCAAGCCAGAUAAAGACCAGGGAGAGGUGCAGGUGGACAUCCAGUUUAUGAAGAAUAACAUGACAGCCAGCAUGUUUAACCUCUCUGCUACAGACAAGCCACGCUCCCGCCUGGGAAAGUUCAAGGACAAGGUGCGAGGCAAAAAGGAGGUUCUGUCGGACACUGCGUCUGCCGUGGUACCGUCCUUCACCCAGGUUCUGACGGACAGUGAGGGGGAGGGAGAGGGGGUAGGGAAGGGGGUUGCAGACAAAAGAGAGAAAAAGAAGAAAAACAAGCUGAAGUCUCUGUUUUCUCCCAAGUCUAACCUGCAGCGUCAUGGACUGUCUCAGUCUAUGUCUGUCCUGGGCCCUCUGCCUGAGAAGAAGUCCUCACUGAGUGGCAGCCGCUCCACAGGCCUCAAUGUGGACUCCUCUGACGGUAAAAAUAAAUUCACGUUUCAGACCCAUAAGCGCACAGGCAGUUCCCUGUCCCUAGGGCGCUCUAAGAUUCCUGCCCCGCUUGCAGAGCAGAGUAACCUGUGCAUCAAUGGCACUCACAUGUACACAGAGGAGCCCCAGCCCCGGAGCGCCCGCACCGGCUCCAACUUUAGCCUGGCCAGCUCAGGCCAUGGCUCCAUGGAAGACCUGCGCAAGGCCCAGGGUCGUAAGAGCUCCGGCACCUCCAUGGACUCUUUCAGGGCCCUGAAGCAGCCUUCGAGCUGGGCAGAGGAGGAAGAGAGGGUUAUGUUGGAUGAGGAGAGGACGAGAAAGGAAGAGCAGGAGAGUAAGAAGUUAGACGAGGAAGAGAGGAUAAGGAAGGAGGAACAAGAGAAAAUCAGGAUUACGGAGGAGGGGGAAGAAAUACGGCUAGAAGAGGAACAGGGGGAGAGGAGACUGAAGGUGGAGGGAGAGGACAGAGUUUGGAAGGAAGACCAGGAAAAGUGGAGGUUAGAGGAGAAAACGAGAGAAAUGGAGGAACAAGCGAGGUGGGAAGAAGAGGAGAGAAUUAGGAGAGAAGAACAUGAAAGAAUGAGGAGAGAGGAUAUACUGAGAAAGGAGGACAAGAGGAAAAUGAGGGAGGUGGAGGAAAGAUUGAAGAGGGAGAAAGAUGAGAGGAUUAAGGAGGAAGAACAGAUUAGGAGAGAACAGGAGGAGGAGGAUAUGCAAAGAAGAGAGGAAGAGGAGAGGAAGAUGAGGAAGGAGGAAGAAAGACUAAGGAGGGAACAGGAGGAUAUACUGAGAAGAAUAAGGGAGGAGGAAGAAGAUGAAAGGAGGGGUGAAGAAAGAAUGAAGAGAGAGGCUAAAGAAGAAAGAAUGAAGAGAGAGGCUAAAGAAGAAAGAAUGAAGAGAGAGGCUAAAGAAGAAAGAAUGAAGAGAGAGGAUGAUAGGCUGAGGGAGGAGAAAGAAGAAAAGAAGAGGAUUGAGGCGGAAGAAGAAAUAAUGAAGAGAGAGGAGGACAGAGUGAGGAAGGAGGAGGAAGAAAGGAGGAGGAAGUUUGAGGAGGAAGAAGGAAUAAUGAAGAGAGAGGCUGAAGAAGAAAAAAUUAAGAGAGAGGAGGACAGAGUGAGGAAGGAGCAGGAAGAAAGGAGGAGGUUUGAGGAGGGAGAACAAAGAAUGAAGAGAGAGGCUGAAGAAGAAAUAAUGAAGAGAGAGGAGGAUAGGCUGAGGAAGGAGGAGGAAGAAAGGAGGAGGAGGAUUGAGGAGGAAGAACAAAGAAUUAAGAGAGAGGAGGAUAGGCUGAGAAAGGAGGAGAGCAGAAUGAGGGAGGAGGAAGAAAGAGUGAGGAAGACCGCAGAGGAAGAUUGGCUGAGAGAGGAAAUGGGGAUAAAGAGGAUGGAGGAGGAUGAAAGAAUUCAGAGAGAAGAGGAAGAUAGGCUGAGGAAGAUUAGGGAAAAGGAAGAAAGGCUGAGGGCAGAGAAGGAUGAUAUGUGGGGAAAGGAAGAAGAGCAGAGGAAGAUGAGGAAUGAGGAGGAAAGGAUAAGGAGAAUAGAGCAGACGUUGAGAAAGGAAGAAGAAGGAACGAGGCUUGAAGAAGAAAGGGAAGAGGAGAGAAAAGAUGAGGAGCAGAGAAAACUGAUGGAGGUGAAAGAAAAUAUGAAAAAAGAGGAGUUGAGAGGACAGGAAGAAAAGAGGAAUGCACAGAUGGAGGAAAAGAGAAGGCAUGAGGAGGUGAGGGUAAAGUUGGACAAAGUUGAACAACAGAUGAAGCAGAAUAGAGAGGCAGAGGCCAUCGUGUGCAAUAAUCCUUUUGAGGAAGUCUCUCCUACCACUUCAUGUAAUGACAACUCUUCAAAUAACCCGUUUGAGGAGACCACCACAACCUCUUCUACUGGUCCCAUCAGCCGAACAAAUAAAGUAUCAGCAGUCAAGCCAAGGCCCCAUCCAGUAAAGCCCUUGAGCUCCCUGGAAAACCAGCUAGCCUCCAACAUCCAGGAUGGGCAGGCUGGCAUAUCUACAGGAUUCCUCGGUGUCCUUCAAGAGAAGAUAAAGGUCAAAGACACAGGGGUCAAAGGUCAGUACUCCCAGCUGACCCAGGAGGAGCUGAUCUCCCUGGUGGUGAAGCAGCAGGACCAGCUUUCCAGGAGGGACAACAAGAUCAAGGAGCUGGAGCACUACAUUGACAACCUGCUGGUGCGCAUCAUUGAGGAGCAUCCCAGUAUCCUGAUGUCCAUGAACUCACUCAAAUGAGACGUCUAGAAAUAUAUAUUUCUCCAUCCUGUUCCUAAUCAUUCAGAGCAAGGCUUCCUAGAUGUUUAUCUCCCUCAAUGCCUAUGUUGGGCUGUUUGAAGAAUUCCUGCUUGCCUCCCUAAGAACGUUUCAUUCACCUAUGUAUAACAUACCAAGCACUGGCUUUGUCUAUUCCUACUGAACAGAUGCACUUUGAUUGUUCAUUACAUUUUGAAUGUUGUUUAACUCUGAAUAAUGGUAUCUUAACCACUACAACUCUGUGGUGUGUGUGUGUAUAAAGGCUGUAUAAGAACAUGAACCAAAUCCACACAGGCCUGUUGGAAGGUGCUGUACAUUUUUGGCAGUUGGUUUGGUUUGUCUUUCUAUUAACGUUUUGAUGUGUUUGUAAGGAGGAGUGUGAUAUGAAGGUUAAAUCCAGAGCAACAACACUGAAGAAGGAAUUGAAUAGCAAUAAAAGAAAGAAAGCUCCAAAAGAACAGGGACACAUUGAGUUUGUAUAUUCGGUAACACUGUGCAGGACAGACCGGUAUAAUAGGGGUCAUACUGGUACAUGCUUAUGACAAGUAUUAACAUUCAUUACAAUCACAUUAUAAUGAGCUAUACCUGUCGGUAAAGGGUUACUUUGUAUUAUUGGUUGUCUGUGAACUAACAAAAAUAAUGUGAAUAUUAGUCCCUGUUACUGUAUAACUCAUGUAUACGUGUUGUACAUAUUGAGAUGUCCUUUUCUUAUAUUGUAAACUUUAUGUUAAAGCACUUUGAAGAAUAAAUAAUAGAACAAA